AUAUUAUCCGCAAAACGUAGCUGCGCAGUGCACUUCUUGAGCACUGCUGCACAAACAUAUCAGUGUUGAUCUUUUAUCCUUGUUGGUUGUGUUACUUCUCUAUUCAUCGACAUGGCUGAUAUAUCUGAAGAAGAGCUGCAAAAAGAAAUUGCCGCAAUCCUUGAGGAUGCUGAUCUGUCUAAAACUUCUGUAAAGAAGGUUAGACAAGAGCUUGAGAAGAAACUAGACUGCAACCUUCUAUCCAGGAAAGAAGAAAUAGACAACUUAGUGAUGGAAUUUAUAGAAAAUAAGAAGAAGGAUGAAGAGGAAGAUGAUGAAGAAGAGGAUGAGGAGGAGGAAGAUGAAGAAGAGGAUUCCGACUCUGAUAAGAAGAAGAAACGUGGGUCGACUGGAAAGAAACCUCCAGCCAAAAAGAGCAAAAAAGCUGUUGCAAAAUCUCGUCCCAAAGAUGAUUCCGAGGAUGAAGAUUCAGACGCAAGUGAGCCAUCUAAAGACGGUGACUCUGAAGAGGAGUACUCUCCAAAGAAGUCCAGCAAGGGAAAACCUUUCAAGACCAGGAAACUGCCUCCUAAGAAGAAGAAGGGUUCCGAGUCGGACUCUGAUGAGGAUUGGGGAAAAGGACAAAAGGCUAAGAAGGGGGGUGGAGCAAAACGUGGAGGUGGAGGUUAUACCAAACAAAUGACACUUUCAAAAGAAUUAGCUGCUCUUGUUGGCCAAGAAUCCAUGGCAAGGCAUGAAGUUGUCAAGAAAAUGUGGGCAAUCAUUAAAGAACGGGAUUUGUAUGACCCAAAUAACAAACAGUUCGCUAUCUGCGAUGACGCACUCUUUAAAGUAAUAGGAGUCAAACGCUUCAGAACAUUUGGAAUGAUGAAAUAUUUAAAAAAUCAUUUCAUUUCAUAAAUGUUUUCGCAAAAUUCCAACAUGUUUUAUAAUAGUUAUAAGAUAAAUUUUCAAAAACAAAACUUAGAAUGUGUGUGUAUUCUUGUAUGGUGUUGAACUGAUUUGAAUUUAUUGUUUUGAAAAAAAAAAUUGUGCACUAUGCAAUUUUCUGUAAACCUCAAGUUAUGCAUUUUAGAUUGUAUAUUGGUUCAGAAUGAAAUUUGUGAUAAUUUUUAAAUCAUUAGGAUUUUGGAGACAUAUUGUGUUCAGAGAUAGUUCUUCAAUAAACUUACACUUCAA